GAUUUCGACGCAUGCGUUGGAGCUACGGUAUCAACCCUAACGUCACUAUUUGAAAGUUGGCGGUCGUACACGGUGCACUCAAAUGUCUGCWAUGAAUUUGAGUUCAUUAACAAAAGUCUAGUAGAAAUUGUACAUGUUUUAUAUACAAAGGGUAUAGCUGUCGAGAGAGGCAAGAAAGCAGAUCAACCAAGCACACGUAAUCGUAGGUUUGCUAGCUACCGGUAGCCAGAUAGCUGCUAGUCAUACACAUUUAGCUAAGUUAGUUAUUUCUGGAGAAGCAGCCCGCUAAUGUCCGUGAGAAGGGCUCUGGUGGACUGUGUUGUGUUGUCUCUUCAGGACUCGUGUGUGUUAUACCCUUGUUGUAGAGGAUGCUUCUCCAGGAUGCAACAGACGGACACGGCCAGAUGGCACUGCUCCAGGUCUUGCUACAGCUGUCUGGAACCACACCUGGACUACAGGUACCGCCUGUCUCUAAGGGUAACCAGAGACAACACCAUAUUUGGGGUGACUGUGUUCGGGAGCUGUCUCAACCCCCUCUUUGGAGCCCCUGCCACCGACCUGCACAGGCUGGUGGAGGAGUCUUCCGGUCCGGUGGGAGUCAAGGUCAGAGUCAGGAUGGCAAAGCAGGCUGCUGGUUAAGGCUGUAGAGGACUGCUUCAUUGGAAGACAUUUUGUUUUUGGGAUCAAGGUACAACAUUUAAAUAAUCGUUCUGGUUAUAAUCUCAACCGUUUCAUGAGAAAGGAAACCACUUGGCUGUUAUUACAUAUCAACUAUUACAAAAUGAUGC